AUGUCAACGCGCGAAAGCAGAUCAAAACUCUCAUCGGAGAACGUGCAGAAGUCUCUCAAAAACAUCCAUGACAAGUUCAAAAAGCCAAACGAGGUCUCUGGUAAUUCCUUGGAUGCAUCGAUGGAACCACAGAGCGAGCCGACACUCCAAAGAUUGUGUCGGAAUUGGAUGCUGCUGUUCGACGACAAAGAGGACGAUCUGCUGGCAGAAGCACGUGUUGAACGCCUGCGAUGCGCGUACAGUCGAGCGGAUUUGACUCUCGAUUGGAACAACAUUGCUAGAAGAUAUACGGAAGAGAGGUUCAAGCUGAAGUUCGCGGGCUUCGUCGCUGUUAGGAGAUGGCACAGGAACUGCAAAUUGUAUGCGGACUACUGCAAGAAACAUGACAUUGUCAUAUUACCAGUAACCUAG